AUGAACAUUACCCAGUACCGGCUCGCCAAGGCCAUCGGCGUGGAUGCCCGGCGCAUCCAUGCUAUUGUCCACGGACAGCGUGCGAUCACGGCCGAAACGGCGUUGCUGUUCUCGCGCUUCUUCGGAAACUCCGCCGGGUUCUGGAUGGGGCUUCAAAGUCAGUACGAUCUUGAAACCGCCGGAGACCGUCUUUCGGAUAAACUGAACGCGGUGGUUGCCCUCUCUUCAACCGGUGGUAAAGAUUGA